AGUGCAUUUCAAUGUUACCAUUGUUUAAGGUAGAACCGUAAUGAUAAUCAACAAGUUGUGACGUGCAGAUUUGGUUAAUGCUUUUGCAAAUUUUAUUCAAUGCAAAUGUAUAUUGACGUAUGGUCAAUUGUUCGUGCGUUUAAAAUUUACGUAUAAUAACCUCAACAUAUUAAUCUCAACUAAACGAACAUGGAGCACGUUCACAGUCCGAGCUACUUUCAAAUAAUUUGGUCUCAAAUAGCUUCUGUAGGAUGGUAUAUAGUAGGAGUUUUAGCUAUUACUUAUUACAUGUUUCCACAUAUUCAAGAAAAGUAUGAAAAUUGGAAAUUGAUAAAGAAUAAACAGAAUGAUGCAGCACAUUGCAAAAAAACGGAUCAAAUGCCACAAGUAUCAGCUAAUGUAGAGUUAGCACGACAGAAAUUGCAAGAGACCUACAAUCAACAUUGUGUUACAGCAAAGCUUAAGGAAGAAGAGGAAAAGGAGAAGAAAAGGCAAAAAGUCUUAAAAUUAUUGGAGAGUAAAGAAGUAGGCAAAAGGCUAGGUAAUGCAUCAGACAAUAGCGCGCCUAGUACAAGCUCAAGUUCAAAGCCAUCUAAAUCAGAUUAUAAUCCUCUAAUGGGCGAUCAUACUCGCGGAUAUCGUCCUCCAAAACGUAGCUGCUGUGGAAAAGGUGGUUGCGGUUAAUUGUUAUCAUCACAGGCAAUACAUUAUUAUCACAGAAUAACGGGGAAUGUGCUCUUCUAAAUGAAACUGCAAGAAACGGAAUAAAAAGUAAAAUAGUGUAUUAAAUUUUGCACUAUUUUACA